AUGAAAGAGAUGAUCAAGUCGAGCGCCGGGAAAAAGGUAAAAGAGGAGAGGGAGGAACUAAAGCCGAAGAAGCUACCACCUCGUCUGAAGAGCAUGAUGUCGGCCAGGAAUUUAUUCUCCGGGAAGGACCUAUUGAGCCAGAUUUCCGAGUUCUACCACAAGCUCAAGAGAAUGGCAGUUGGAAGUAAGACUCCCGUCGGAGAAGAGGUCAAGAAGGAGGUCAACAAUGUAGCUGAAAGCCCUCAACAAGAUAGCAAGCUUCUGAUCCCAAAUAAACUGAAGAUUGUGAUCGAGAAAUCAACAUUUCUGAAGGAUGUUAGAGCAAAUCCUCCGACACUACAGAGUUUCCCUUACCCUCGCGGCGUAAAGAAGGAAAGGGAAGUUCUUCAAGAAGGUUGUAGCAAUGUGUCUGUUGCUGGUGAUUCUGGAGGGACUACAAUAGAUUUGUUCUGGUUUCUAAAAUCUUGUUCUUAUCUGGAGUAG